UCAAAACCAGUCGGGUGGCGUCACCGAUCGUGGAUGGGUGGAGAGGUGAGAGCCGCAGGUGGGACGUGAAACCGGCUGCUUGUCUCCCGUUACUUUAACCGACGAUAGUAUCCGCAGUCGUGCUCUUUGGAGACAUGGGGAAGCUUCAGGAAUUUGAGAUUACUUUUACAAAUAACAAAGUGGUUUACAACCCCGGCGAAUCGAUAUCAGGAACUGUGAGAAUUAAAACAAGCCAGCCCGUACAGUUUAAAGCCAUCAAGGUGAACUGCGUGGGCUCGUGCGGGAUCUCGUCCAAACUGAAUGAUGCCUCAUGGAUGGUGGAGGAGCGAUACUUGAGCAGCACGCUGUCUAUAGCCGACAAAGGUAAUCUGUCAGCUGGUGAGCACAGCUUUCCUUUUCAGUUUCUAAUUCCAGGAUCUGUUCCAACCUCCUUUGAAGGCCCGUUUGGAAAAAUUUUGUACAAAAUACGGGCUUUUAUUGACACGCCACGUUUCUCAAAGGACUACAAGACCCAGCGGCUCUUCUAUCUUCUCAAUGUGCUCAACCUCAAUGAGUUGCCGGAUAUAGAGCAACCCAGCUGUGCUGUGACAACAAAAAAGUUUAACUACCUUCUGGUCAAAACAGGCACGCUCAUGUUAAAAGCGUGCAGUGAUUUCAAAGGAUACACUCCCGGACAGGUCAUCAAACUCUCCGCUGAGAUCCACAACAAGUCUGGUAAAGACACAGGCUGUGUGAUGGCCAGCCUUAUACAGAGGGUGAUAUAUAAAACGAAGCGGCCUGUGUGUGACCUGCGACCCAUAGCGGAGGUGGAGGGUGCUGGAGUCAAGGCGGGCAAACAUGCAGAAUGGAGGGAACAGAUCAUCGUCCCGCCCCUUCCACAGUCGGGCCUUACGGGGUGCAGCCUCAUAGACAUUGAGUAUUUUCUCCAGGUUUCACUAAAAUCACCUGAAGCUGUGGUCACGUUACCCAUCUACAUCGGGAACAUUGCAGUAAACUUGACACCUUGUAUUCCACCCCUACACCCCAUCGCCGCUCCCAUGCCUGCCCCACCAGGCAUCGGCCCCGGAGCUGUGGUCCCCAGCGCUCCACCUGUGGAGGAUGAACUGGGGGCCGGAGGAGUAGCCAGCGAGGCGAUCCCCACCAAAAGUCACUCCCAGCAGGAUCCAUCCGGUGUGCCUUUUCUUAGCGCAUCUGGUCCAGCCCUGGCACAGAGCCAACAGCAUGCUUCAGACGGAUCUGCACCGGUGUUUUGCGUGUCCACGGGGGCCACCAUACCUUUCUUUACAGACAGCAACACAACCCCGGUUCCUACUUCUUGUCCACUGAUUUUGCCCCCUGAAUACAGCACCUGGGAGUAUCCACAUGAACCACCACCCACGUACGAGGAAAGCUGCAGUAGCAACAACUCUAGCUUUAACAGUAGCAUGACGUCAUAGACAGUUGGGUCUCCAACCAUGCAAUUUCAUACUGCCCCCUGCUGGACAGUACAGACAUUUCCUGGCCAUUCUCCUCCAUGGACCAAAUAUCUUUACUUACUUCAGAGAAAUCAUUUCUUUAUCCGAUCGUAUCUUUUGGUUUUAUCCCUCAUACUGUCAUUUUAACAGAGGUAAAAUCCUGGAUAAAAACGAGGAGAAGGUUUAUUCAGUGCCUAAGAAGAUGUAGCACUCCUGAGCAACCACUAGGGAAAAAAUGCUCCUAAGAUUUUACGAGAGCAAUACCAGCAUUUGUAAAACUUGUGAGUCACACAGAGAACACUCAUUCAACCAAGACUGGCCUUACGUGCGGCUCAUAAAAAAGGCUCUGAAUUAACCACCAACCCGAAACCCAUGCAUCUGUAUGACUGAAAGGAUGUGAACAAUGCACCCACAAUCUGUGAAUCUCAAAACACUGGGAUACAGAGACGGUUGUUCUGGAAAGAACAAGUUUUAUUUAUUGAUCAUGAUCAAUAUUUUUAACUUGGCCAGGUGGUCACCCCUGUUUCUUGAAUGCUUAAGGGAACAAUGUAUUGCAUAUGAUUUUCGGGGGGAAAAAUAUUGAUUGACCAGAUAUCAAGAGAUGUUCUGAAAUAGGAAGGUGUUGUGUCUUCUUUUCUCUGCUUAAACAUUUUCCCUGGAUUUGUACUUUAAAGUAUUCCAGCUAAUGUGCAAGAUAUUCAGACUGUGAAGUGUUCAGAUUGUGUUGUGGUAAUGAGAUGUUGGAAAAACCAGAUUUUUUGCCAUGCAGCAUUGACAUUUCUAAAGUGAAACAUUCGAGUCUGAUGCGAUCUGUAAUGUCUGUGUUUUUCUGUAUGAGUUGUUUGGUCAUUUGCUUUGAUAUUUCUCACAUUUGCCCACAGGAAAAUAAGUUUAAUGGUGGAUUUCCAGCGAGGCCUUAAGCUGUGCAAGGAUUGUGGUGUACGGUCGUUUAAUAUGGCAAACCAUUUUUAUCUCGAUCUGUUGUGAAGAAUUUGGAAGCACAAAAAGGCACUUUUAUAGACCUCAUCAUUGUGUAUGUGUGUGAAUGUAUGCCCCCCCACCUGGGUGAUUCUCACGAAAUCCAGACUUAAAAGGUGUCCAGCAUCAGUUUUUUUAAAAAGCCCUAUUGAAGCCAAUUUUUUUUGCACAUAUAAGAUUAAGGUCUGAACUUACUAUAAUCAUUAUUUUUAGAGGAUUUAAAAAAUAUUUUCUAUAGAAUUAUUUACAUUUUUUAGAUUUAGAAAAAAUUAUCAUUACCGCAACAUGGUACUACAUUAAAUAUAUGCAUUUACAAACUCAUGUUUCGGUAAUGACAACUAAAAAGUUGUCUAGGUACAAACAUAAGAAAAAAUAAGAACUGCUUACCUGGUAGCCAUCUUGAGUGUCACAGUCAAUUAUGUCCCUUCGAACAAUUUGUAAAUGUUAGUUCCUUGAGGGCUUAAACAAUGAUUGAAAAUUGUUGCGGAGGAUGAAAAAAAAUGUCUUGGACACAUUUAUAUUCCUUAUUAUUGUCUCUACAUUUACCAGUGAUCACCAAAUACCACAUGUUUCUUUACUGUAAAUGUUUAUAGUAUAACAUGCACUGAAGCCUUUUAUUUUUUAGAUUUUUUAAUUAUAAAUAUUUCCAUGUCAAAGAACCAAAUCCAGUCAUGGACACGUUGCGGUAAUGAAAAUGUUCCCCUUAAAUGUGGAAAAAACAACAAAAUUUGUUUGUAUGAUGUCAUUUGAAAUCAUGUGCAAAAUAGUACACAAAGAGAUGUUUGUAACUGUAUGCUUCUUAUUUUGAUACUCUUACUUUGCAUUUACUUGUUUCAUGACACCUCAUAAGUUUAAUUUCGCGAGAAUCACCCAUCUGUAUUUUUACCAAAUGCAUAUUUCAGUAAGAUUAUAAGUGUUGUAGUUAAGUGUACUACUUGAUUCAGUCAAAGAAAGAUCUCUGUUUCUAUCAAGCUAAAUAAUGAAGUCUUAUUUUACUCCAUCGUGUUUUCAAGUAAAAAUGUUUAACCACUAUGUACCAAUCACAGUGCUGAUCGAGAGGAAUCGUUUAUAUUUGUAUGAAAUCAAACAUUAAGGAAUCUUAAAUUUAGUGAUUUUAUUACAGACGGCCACUGUGACGUCUGACAGCGCAGCUAAACUCAAUUCAGAGUCAGUUUGCGCCUUUUCACUGUGUAAGUAGCACUGUGUUGCAAUCUCAGCGGUUGCAAAGAUGGCUAAAGACGUUCAAACAAACAGUUCGGACUUGUUCUAUAUUUACAUUACAACUACUGCCUUAAUUGUGACAUCACUGGUCCCAUAUUAAUUGUAGCGAACACAUAAAAAUGAAAUUACUUUUUGAGAUAAUACUGCAGCUUUUACUGUUCUCCUCGCAUGUCUCUCUUGAGCCUCUUUUUGUGGGCUUAAUGAAUGUUAAUGCGUCUGAAAGAGUCCUGAGAGAUGGUAGAUGUUAGUUUUUUAUCUAGCAUCUUUGCGUAUUGGCGAAGCGUUUUAAAUGCUUAAUUUACAUACGUUUUAUAUUUUCCUGUUCACCAAAGGUUUAACAGCUUUAUCAAGUUAUUUUGUCAUUGUGUGGUACUUUCCUUCCUAUUUUCAGCAGGUUUAUAAAGUAGCACGAUUGUGGAUCAAUGUUAAACACUGUAUGUAUAAACAUAUUGGACAGAAUCAAACUUGUACAGCAAAGUAAUAAAAUCCCAUAAAUUCUC